CCGCCUCAGUCAGCGCAAGACAGCCGACGUGUGCGCAUGUCCGUCGCCGUUUCCCGAAGCCCCGCCUCAGUGCCCGUUACGAACUGUGUUUCAUAACUGUGUUCUGUUUAUUUUACCAAUUUCGAAGGUUUUUACGAACGUAAACGAUCGACGAGGCUGCACAGAGGUACGGAUUAUAAACAGCAUUCUACAAGCAGUUAACGAAUUCGUCUCCUCAAUGCCGCCUUACGCUAAAGGCUUGCAGGAGAGUAGAUUCUAAUAAAACGAGCGCCGACUCGACAAUGAGACUUGGGCUUGACAGCUGACAGUUUCGCGUUCAGCUUCCGUCAUCAUCUCAAUCUCAAUCUCACAGAUCAAAGAUGGCGUUCGUAUUGUAUAUUUUGGCGGGCCUCCUGGUAUCUGCGCACGCGCAAUCGAACUACGGCUCCCAGGCCAACAACAUCGAGUACCAAGGGGAAGGGCUGCCCGAACAAACUGUACUAGAUGGAAAGGUCACGAAGCUGGACGACUUGAGUCCAGUUAUCUUCUUGAACAGAACCAAAGCGGCACUGAACUGCGCUGCGGGUUCCAUGCAGAUCGAAUUGAAAUUUAACGAAAAAUUCUACGGUAUCGCAUACGCUGACUUCGACAGGCACUCAGCAUGUCAAGUGGUAGGGAAGGGUGCUCUUUCCUACAAACUCGAACUGCCCCUCAAAGGAUGCGGAACGAAGCAGAACCCUCUGCGAGUAUUCACGAACAAUAUAGUUGUAAGAUUCCAUCCUGGCUUAGAGAUGGACGGAGACGAGGUCAUCACAAUCGUUUGUCGGUACCCACCGCCCAUCGUUCCCAAGCCAGUCUUCAACCCGCUUAUUGCCACUCCUGAACGCGGGCCGCUACCAGCGAAAGCUCCUUUAGCGGGAACUCAUAUCCUGAUGAUAAUCUGCGCAAUAUUGUUUUUGACACUUCUGCUGCUUGGACUCGGAGUUUCAUACUUGUGUCUGAGAAGACGCGCCCUGCCCGCUCCGAGGAGACUGAUUGACGACUCCUCAGCGUCGAUUGUGAGCAGAGAAAGUAUACAAGAAGUGAAGAUUCCUCGUGCACAUCCUGUAUACCCAAUAGGCGGAGAGGCUGCGAGCGUGGCUUCGGAUACCAUUCCAUCGGAUUAUCCAUCAGAGACUCCCAGCGAGACCGACGCGGCUCAUGCCAACCAUGCUUUCAUUAUGGACGAAAACUAUCACAGUGAAGGAUAUGGUGAAGCCCACGAGACUAGCGCUUCGAACGUGUUAGUGCACGCGGCGCCGCCCGCGUUCGACGUGCGCGUGCGCGUGCAGCGCCCCCCCGCGCCCCCCUCCCCGCAAUCCACCAUCACUACCACCGAGGUCGACGGUGGAAGCAUGCGACACAGCAGUUACCUGGAGGAGCAAGCGCGGCAGGAGUCGGUCCGCACGGUGUCCCCGGUGGCGCUGCCGCUGCCCGCCCGCGCCGCGCAGCUGCCCCCGCCCGAGCGCCCCCCGCGCCCCCCCGCGCUCUACUCGCAGGUCAACAGAGAACGACAGGAGUGGUCGCGGCGGCCGCGGUCCAUUGCCUCCCUCAACACGGAGAUGACCGACACUCACUCGGUCACCGAAGUCACCGACAGGUCGCAUGCUAGAAUGUUCCAUCUCAAGAAACCGCCCCCACCACCGCCGGUGAUGAACGAACGUCUGGUGACGGAGGAACAGGAAAUAACGAUGGAGAGCCUCGAGCCUCUUCCGGAGACACCCAUCAUGCCGGCCAGGAAGCCGGAGGUUACUUCACACGUCGUUGACGACGUGUUCCUGCGCACCAUCACGGAAAAGAAGACCAUCGAAGAUGUCGAGCGACACAAGCGUCUCGUCACUGAAUAUAAACAGGUGCCGGCGCCGCCACCCCAGUUCGACGUGACGAUCCGUAACCACACGGCCCCAGAGCCGCAGUGGGAGAACUUCUCGGACAUAAGCAGCGCUUCCGGGAUGACGCUGACGCCCAAGAUGGAACGGGUACCGCUCUCGCUGCCCCCGCAGAAGAUUAUCGGCAAAGGGGGCCCGGACCUGUUCUCCCCGGAGUUGAUCAAGCAAACGACUCAUGUGUACCAGUCGCCGUCUUCCGCCGACCUCCCACUCCUGCCCGAGCUGCCUCCAGCCCGGAACCCUCUCUACAGGGACGAGGACGACGAGGAUGUGCCGGAGCCGAUUCCCGCACCACCAGUGCCAGCUAACUGGAGCGUUCUGACUAGAGUACUGAAAACGGAAGCUCAAGAUGAGGUCCUGUUGGACUCGGAGCGCUCUCUGCGGCUGACGCGCGAAGAACGCCUCCGCUGGCGCGAGGUGAUCACGCACGAGAGCACCCUGCGCCGCUCGCUGGCACGUUCCUCCACCAGAGAGGACUUCACCAGAGUCGCCCACGACCAGCGCUACGCUCCCCUCUACACGCCACACAAGUGGGACGUGAUCAUACGUAUACUAGCACCGCCCCACGACAAGCCGAAGAACCGCUACCGCAAGAAGACAGAAUGGGACUCCCGCUCCCGGCGUAGCUCGCUGCCGACGCUUUACGAGUACGACAGCGACGCCACGUCCCUGCGCGACCCGCAGCGCUCCCGCCGCUCCUCCUACCGAAGCGACCACGUUGAUAUGAGGUCGAUGUCCGAAAUGAUGGUGGACUACGCGAGAGAGCAGGCGGACACGCACAGCGAAGUCUCCGGGGGAACUCAGCUCGGCAGGUACUACGAUGACGACAGCGACUCCGAACAUCCCUUCCAUAAUAACCAGUCGUGGUCCCGUCACUCUCUCCACCGCUCAGCGAGUCAGCCGUCACUGGCGCGCUCCGCUACUGAAGUGGUGGAGCAGUGGACCGCGCCAGAAGGCGACGUCACACCCACACCGGGACGCAGGCUUAGAGGUCCUCAAGGCCUUACGACAUUUACAUCGUCUGAAGUACGAACGUUCCAAGCGACCUCCAGGGAAUGGCGCGACUAAGGAAUCUACCACUUCAUGAUUAGCCAAUCGAACCAAUAUACAUAGAUGGUUCAGAAAUACACUACGCCACCGUGAACCGACAAAACAUAUUGAUUUGUUAAGCCAACUCAAUAGACACUGUUGCAAGUUGUUUCGUAUUUCGAUCGCGCAAUGAAAACGUGCGAAUUUUGAGGUCAUCGACCUUAUUCAACCUAGCACAGUGGAUGAAACCCACGCUGUAUUACAUUGCAUCAUAAAAUAUAGCAGCAAAUACAUAACUUUUCUAGUUUUUUUUGUUGUAUCUAGGAUCACUAGCAUCUGCCUUGUUUUCGGGAGCUAUCUCUAUUCAUAUUAUUGCUGUCUCUCUUUAUAAUUGUAAAUAGAAAAAGACAGCAUUCAUUUCUAUUUUUAUAAUUUCAUCGGUAAACGAACAGUUUCGAAAUGUAAUAUAAAAGAAAUAAGUAUUUGAUUAGCAAUCAAGAUUUAUAAUUUGUUUUAAAAAAGAAUU